AUGGCCGAAAAAUCGAAAAGCAAAGAACCCCAAACUUCUGAAAACAUCAUUGUUGCGGCCGAUCAUGGCCGACUCGACCUUGUAACGGCGCUCUUAGAGGGCGGCGCAGACCCGAAUACCGUGGACGAGAUCGGAACUUCACCGCUUCAUAAUGCAGCAAAAGGGGGUCAUUGGCAUAUCGCCCGCCUUCUUCUCGAGAAGAAUGCAUCACCUCGGAUCGAGGAUGGCAACCGCGCAACUCCACUCCGCCUCGCGGUCAAAGCAGGUCACCAAGAGAUUGUUCGCUUGCUCCUUGAGUGUGAUCCUCUUAUAAGUGAGACAAAAGAAAGAGAAACAUAUAGACUCCUUCGUAUUGCUGCAGCCCUGGGCUAUACGGAAAUAGUUCAACUCUUUCUGGAUUGCAAUACUCCCACCCUAGGCAGCAAUGGUGAAGAAACAGCGCUUCACUUGGCAGCUGCAAAGGGACAUCAUGUCGUCUGCGAGCUUCUCCUAAAUCAUGACAAGGCUUUGACUCGAUCGUUAUGGGACCGGAUGACUGGACCCAGUUUGGAAGUCUACUCAAAGGAUUACGUGGGAAACACGCCGUUCGCAUACGCAGUUGAGAAAGGUCAUGAACGAACCGUCGAAGUCUUUUUACGCAGUUAUCCAGAAAUGAUAUUUUUGAAUCACGGCACGGAUAUUGAGUUGAAAGACAAACAAGGACGUCGGGCCCUUCAUGUGGCGAUCUCCGCCGAGAACAUGGGAUACGUCACUGGGGCUACUGAGAUUAUCAAGCUUCUACUUGAGCAUGGUGCUUCAGUUGAUGCAAAAGACAAGGACGGCCAUAAUACCGAGUAUUACUCCAAUAACCCAAAGACCAGAAUGAUGUUGCGUAACCACGCAGCUACGCAGUCAAAGGGCAUAUCACUACCGAUAGCACCGAUCUCUUCGGCUCCACCACCCGAGUACAAGGCAUGA